AUGGGUAUCAAGGCCAUCGAUGGUGAUAAAAUCGAUUCUGAAAUGGAUAAAAUCGAUAUCAACGAAUCGAAUGAUAGCCUACUGACGCAGAGCUUCAUAGAUGAUAUGAAGAAGGAUAAAGAAGAUGACGAUACUAUCAUAGUUGAUGAUUUGGAGCAGUCUGAACAACAACGGAACGGCGAUAUGAGUGUUGGAGACACCCCCCAGACGUUGAGUCCGAGCCGCGCGCCCGAGGGUGUGGAGCCCCUGGAUGUAGACCCUCCCUCCACAGCCGCUGACUCCGAUGUUAUUAUGAACGAUCAGCUCAGUGAGAAUGGCUCCAUGCAAGUCGAGCCUAGCAGCAGUCCGUUGAGCGGUGACAUGAUUGUUGAACAAACUGAACCCAUUGAUGACAGUGAUUCUCGACUAUCCCAAGACGACCUGUUAUUGCUCUGUGAGUUAUUCUACCUUCCGUUCAGUCACGGUGGUCGUGGUCUCAGAUUGUUGCACGACUACCACUGGCUGACCACACACGCCACAAGCUGUUUGGCAAGAGGAAAUAAACCGGAACCAAGUGAGUGGCGUCGUCGUUUACGUCGCUUCACGUGGUGGUCGUGCCGUGCGCGUCGUUUAUCCCGCCGCCUGUCUCUGUGCGCAAAUCGGGAGCUACACGCUGAGCUACAUCCCUACUUGUGGGAUUUGUGCGCUGUGCUCGCUCUACUACAAGCCUUUCUAAGAUGGCUGGAAAUGGGUAAAUUCCCGCCGAACAUCACAACCAACAUUCAAGGUUCAUACUCAUGGUUCUCCAAGGGCUGGAGAGAAGCCUUCGAAAGCGGAACCCAAGAGCCGUGGGUGUUCCGUGGAGGUUUGACAGCGGACUUACGUCGCCUACUACCCGUUGAGUGUAGCGGGGACGCACUCAGACCUCAAUGUAUACCAAACAGUCUACCACUCACUGUGAGACCGUACACACUCGCAGACGAAGACGCGGUGUGUAAUCUAUGUCAGAAAACCUGCCGGGACGGCUUGGACUGCAGUCACCUAUUCCCUGGGGAAUUAAUGUCGCUUCCCGUAGACAGAUUGAUAGCUCCAUACUUGACGCUGUCUCCCGAGUUAUGUAUGGUGAUAGAAGAUGAUGGUGACGUCAUCAAUGAUGAUGAUGACAAGCCCGGCAUCAAUAACAACGACGCCAAACCGGAAAUAGUCGGUUACGUGUGCGCGGCCCUCAACAGCGUGGACUUCUACAGGAAACAGGAAAUAGCCUGGAUACCGGAAAUGUGUCUCAAGUAUCCCAAGGAACUACUCGACAAAGACGACUUGAGUGAUGCUGCCAAGGACUGUAUCCGUUACUUCCACUCGUAUUCGGCGGAGUCCAUCAUCACUUCUUCUUCCGGUGUAUAUUCUUCCCACCCUUCGCUGAUAUCGAUGGCUGCUCUGCCACGCUCUGACCCGCUGGCUACCUCGCGGCUACUCACGUGUCUACUGGCCGCGCUACGGGCUCACGGUGUUAACGGCGUCCACACGUGUGUGGCGAUCAACGACCAGCAUCUCCUUCAGUUCUACAGCAAGUUCGGCUUCACGGAGCAUUCACGUAACGAAACUCACGUAUUCAUGGCGAGACUGUUCUAG